AUGCGAUACGCCGUCCUCGUCACAGGACCCGCCGGUGCCGGCAAGUCCACCUUCUGCGCUUCUCUCAUCACCCACGCCCAAACCAUCGGCCGCUCCGUCCACCUUGUCAACCUCGACCCUGCCGCCGACAAGUUUGAAUAUGAGCCGACAAUUGAUAUCAGAGAUCUGAUUAACUUGGAGGAUGUGAUGGAGGAGCUCGAGUUUGGUCCCAAUGGCGGUUUGAUAUAUUGUUUUGAGUAUCUGUUAAACAACCUCGACUGGCUGGACGACGAAUUAGGCGCCUACGAAGAUGACUACCUCAUCAUCGACUGUCCCGGUCAAAUCGAGCUUUACACCCACGUCCCCCUCCUUCCCCGGCUCGCCACCUACCUCUCCACAAACCUGAAUUUCCGCACCUCUGCCGUCUACCUGAUAGACUCGCAAUUCAUGCAGGACAAGAGCAAAUACUUUGCGGGAGUGAUGAGUGCUAUGAGCUGUAUGCUUUCUCUGGGUAUCAGUAUGCUGUGUUUGAUGAGCAAGAUGGAUUUGGUAAAGGACAAAAAGGGGAGGACAAAGAGGGAGGUCGGGAGAUAUUUGGAUCCGGAUCCUAGCCUUCUCUAUGAAGACCCAUCCAGCAAUAGUAACUCUAAAUUUAGCAAGCUCAACCGCGCCGUGGUGGGCUUGAUAGAAGACCAAAAUAUCGUGUCUUUCCUCCCCUUGGACGUGACGAAUGAGGACUCGGUCAACACGGUGCUGAGUCAUAUUGAUAAUAUGAUGCAGUACGGGGAGGAUGAGGAGCCAAAGGUGCCAAAGGACAUGGACGAUGGUGAUUUCGACUAG